UUCAUAUUUCAGUCAGUAUUUGUCAGGAUUUCAAAAAAGUGCAGUUAAAAUGUCCUUGGUUGUAAUAACCCACCACGACGAGAACAUAUUCAACAUCAACAAGAACGAAGAACAGUUCCCAAAGAAAAAGGAUGAAGGAAAAAAUGAACGGGAGCCACUUAAACGGGGUUUACAUCUCACCAAAAGAUACAUGGAUCUUAUUAAAAAAUCUGAAUGCAAACAACCCAACUCCACAAUGGGACCACCGUUUAUAGAACCGCCAGAUCCGGCGAACUUCCUUAAGAAAGGUACCGGAAAUCAAACCAAACCCAUUUGUCUUAAUUUAGAAAAGAGGGUUCCUCUGGUACAAAAGAAACCCCCCAUCCCACCUGUACUUCCUAAAUCGAAGCCGAAGAAACAUGUGAAUUUCGUUUCGAAAAAUAUUCAAAACGUAAAAAUGAUGAAAAGUAAGGAACCGAAUCUGCGGGUUGUGGUCCACCCAUUGGGAGACGUGAAACCUUUGAGGUACUUUAAAAAGGGAAAGGAAUUUGCUCAGGUUCCACACUAUUUGGUCAAACUGAAAUCUCAUGUGGAAGAAAAAAGACUCAGAGAAAAAGAAGCGGUGUCCAUCAAGCAGCCUUUGUGUACCUACAUCACUAGUGACCAGAGGGAGGCUUUGCUUCAGGGUUUGAAGACUAAUUGGGAGGAGUUACAAAUAGCAUAUCAAGGACUUCCGAUUUUAACGGAUACUAUUCCUAAAAUAAAUCGGAAAGUUAAAUUAGAGAGCGCAUUAAAGCAGUUAGAGAACGAUAUAAUUCUUGUGGAAAAACAUCCAUAUAUUUAUGUUUACAACAAUGAAGAAGAAGACACUUAAUAUGACUGUAUGAUUAUAUAUACAAUUUAUACAAAAUGUACACAGAUUAUUACUCUUAUAUUUCAUUCAUUUAUUUAUUAUUAUUUAUUUUAUUAACAAAAUUAAUAGACAGUGAAAUUAUAACAUUAAAAAAGAAUUAAAAAUUUACAAAUGUAUAUUUGAUAUGUGUGUUUAAAGAUUGAAAUGAUAAAUGAGUACCUAUUAAAAAAUCAAGUUGAAAAUAUAGUAUUAAUUCUA